GCCUGCAGCCUGUGUGAGUGUGAGGGGGAGCGAGCGGGCGGGAGCGAGGCAGGAGAGGAGAGAGGGGGAGCGUUCCAGCGAGCAUGAGGACGCUGCUGCUCCGCGCUCAGUUAAUCUGCCUGUCAGUUGGUGUUAAGGCUGCAGUUUAAAUGCUCCGACUCCCAGGGAAGCAGGCAGACCGCGCCGAGGGAAGGGAGGAAGCCAGCCGGGCAGGGCGGACCUCGGAGGCCAGCGGCGGCGGCGGCCGCGGAGCGGAGCGCCGGGAAGGGGCACGGCCAACCUCUGACGGGUCCUAGGCUCCCCUCUCGCCAAUGCGAACAGGAAUAUGCGGCGCAUCCUCGCCCUCUUCUGCACCGGGUUCCUCGGCACGGUAGUGGGUGCCAAUUUCCCCAACAACAUCCAGAUCGGGGGAUUAUUUCCAAACCAGCAGUCCCAGGAACAUGCGGCUUUUAGAUUUGCUUUAUCGCAACUCACAGAGCCCCCCAAGCUGCUCCCCCAGAUUGACAUUGUGAACACCAGCGACAGCUUCGAGAUGACCUACAGAUUCUGUUCCCAGUUCUCCAAAGGCGUGUACGCCAUCUUCGGGUUCUACGAGCGGAGGACCGUCAACAUGCUGACCUCCUUCUGCGGGGCCCUCCACGUCUGCUUCAUCACGCCCAGCUUUCCCGUGGACACGUCCAACCAGUUUGUCCUUCAGCUGCGCCCGGAGCUGCAGGAUGCCCUCAUCAGCAUCAUCGACCAUUACAAGUGGCAGAAAUUUGUCUACAUCUACGAUGCCGACCGGGGCUUGUCCGUCCUGCAGAAGGUCCUGGACACAGCCGCCGAGAAGAACUGGCAGGUGACGGCGGUCAACAUCCUGACGACCACGGAGGAGGGCUACCGGGUGCUCUUCCAGGACCUGGAAAAGAAGAAGGAGCGGCUGGUGGUGGUGGACUGCGAGUCGGAGCGGCUCGGCGCCAUCCUGGGCCAGAUUGUGAAGCUGGAGAAGAACGGCAUCGGCUACCACUACAUCCUGGCCAACCUGGGCUUCAUGGACAUCGACUUAAACAAGUUCAAGGAGAGCGGCGCGAACGUGACAGGCUUCCAGCUGGUCAACUACACAGACACGGUCCCGGCCAAGAUCAUGCAGCAGUGGAAGAGCAGCGACGCCCGAGACCACACCCGCGUGGACUGGAAGAGACCCAAGUACACCUCCGCACUCACCUACGACGGGGUGAAGGUGAUGGCCGAGGCCUUCCAGAGCCUGCGGAGGCAGCGGAUCGACAUCUCCCGCCGGGGGAACGCGGGGGACUGCCUGGCCAACCCCGCCGUGCCCUGGGGCCAGGGCAUCGACAUCCAGAGAGCCCUGCAGCAGGUGCGCUUUGAGGGCCUGACCGGGAACGUGCAGUUCAACGAGAAGGGCCGGCGGACCAACUACACGCUGCACGUCAUCGAGAUGAGGCACGACGGCGUCCGCAAGAUCGGCUACUGGAACGAGGAUGACAAGUUUGUCCCGGCGGCCACCGAUGCUCAAGCAGGCGGCGAUAACUCGAGUGUGCAAAACAGAACAUACAUCGUCACCACCAUCCUCGAGGACCCGUACGUGAUGCUCAAGAAGAAUGCCAACCAGUUCGAGGGCAAUGACCGCUACGAGGGCUACUGCGUGGAGCUGGCCGCCGAGAUCGCCAAGCACGUGGGCUACUCCUACCGCCUGGAGAUCGUGGGCGACGGCAAGUACGGCGCCCGCGACCCCGACACCAAGGCCUGGAACGGCAUGGUGGGCGAGCUGGUCUACGGGAGAGCGGACGUGGCGGUGGCACCUCUGACCAUCACGCUGGUGCGGGAGGAGGUGAUAGACUUCUCCAAGCCCUUCAUGAGCCUGGGCAUCUCCAUCAUGAUCAAGAAGCCGCAGAAGUCCAAGCCGGGCGUCUUCUCCUUCCUGGACCCGCUGGCCUACGAGAUCUGGAUGUGCAUCGUCUUCGCCUACAUCGGCGUGAGCGUGGUGCUCUUCCUGGUCAGCCGCUUCAGCCCCUACGAGUGGCACAGCGAGGAGCCGGAGGAGGGCCGGGAGCCGGCGGCCGGGGACCAGACCAACGAGUUCGGCAUCUUCAACAGCCUGUGGUUCUCCCUGGGGGCCUUCAUGCAGCAGGGCUGCGACAUCUCGCCCAGGUCGCUGUCCGGCCGCAUCGUCGGGGGCGUCUGGUGGUUCUUCACCCUGAUCAUCAUCUCCUCAUACACAGCCAACCUGGCCGCCUUCCUGACGGUGGAGAGGAUGGUGUCCCCCAUCGAGAGCGCCGAGGACCUGGCCAAGCAGACAGAGAUCGCCUACGGGACCCUGGAGGCAGGAUCCACCAAGGAGUUCUUCCGGCGGUCUAAGAUCGCCGUGUUCGAGAAGAUGUGGACGUACAUGAAGUCGGCGGAGCCGUCCGUGUUCGUGCGGACCACGGAGGAGGGCAUGAUCCGCGUGCGCAAGUCCAAGGGCAAGUACGCCUACCUGCUGGAGUCCACCAUGAACGAGUACAUCGAGCAGCGCCGGCCCUGCGACACCAUGAAGGUGGGAGGUAACCUGGACUCCAAAGGCUACGGCAUCGCCACGCCCAAGGGCUCCGCCCUGAGAGGUCCCGUAAACCUAGCGGUUUUGAAACUCAGUGAGCAAGGCGUCUUAGACAAGCUGAAAAGCAAAUGGUGGUACGAUAAAGGGGAGUGUGGAGCCAAGGACUCCGGAAGUAAGGACAAGACCAGCGCACUGAGCCUCAGCAACGUGGCCGGCGUGUUCUACAUCCUGAUCGGAGGCCUCGGGCUGGCCAUGCUGGUCGCCUUAAUCGAGUUCUGCUACAAAUCCCGGAGCGAAUCCAAGCGGAUGAAGGGUUUCUGUUUGAUCCCGCAGCAAUCCAUCAACGAAGCCAUACGGACGUCCACGCUGCCCCGAAACAGCGGGGCGGGAGCCAGCGGCGGCGGGAGCGGCGAGAACGGCCGCGUGGUCAGCCACGAUUUCCCCAAGUCCAUGCAAUCCAUCCCCUGCAUGAGCCACAGCUCGGGGGUGCCCUUGGGAGCCACGGGAUUGUAACCGCAGCCGACGGAGCCCCUCGGGGAGCAGACUCGGGCUCCCCCCACCCCAGACCCUUCAGUGCCAAAAACAAUACAAAAGAAACGCGACACCACCCACCGCGACCGCGAGGAGGACUCUGCGACCUUCCUGCAGAACCGAAACCCUUUUGCUGCCCUUUUUCGUUUUCUGACGCCCCUUCGCCCUUUCUGUUUGCUAAGAGGGGGUGCUAAGGAGCCCCGUGCUGCCGCCGGGGCCCCUCGAGGGCGGAGCUGCUGGGCCGCUCUCCCCGCUCCUGCUGCGCGGUGUCUUAGUGCGUGCGUGUUUUUCUUGCUGGUAGCCACGUCCGCCGGCCCCCUCCUCCUGCUGCUCAUCCCAGCUCCCUCCUCAUCGCUCCCCAGUUUCCAGGUUGCACACUCCAGAGUCCUCCCACCACUCAAGCAAGACACAGGAGACGGCGGCCUUCUCAGCCGAGCCCACGCGGUGUCUGUCCCCUGGCUUGGCCCCGCGCGCCGGCUUAGUUGUGAAGUCACACGGAAGGCGAAGCCCUGGGGCCAGGGUGGGGGGCGGACAAAGGUGGGGCAGCCACGAGGCUCGAGCAAGUUUCCUUUCCCGGGUCAGAACCGCAGGCGGAACCAAGGGUUUAUCUGGUGCCUGUUCCGAGAGGCAGGUCCCGGGCCAAAAGCCCAAGGACCACCUGGCGGCCGGAGCGCAGCAACGUGCGGGCGGCUCUCGCCAGGACCCUCAACACCCACGUCCAGGCGUCCCAGCGGGAGGGGCCUCUCGGGGCCUCUGCUGCCCCCCCCCAGGCUAGCGGGGGGGAGACGGGAGAGUUUAGGAAGAGAGAGCGCCACCACAGCCCGCUCAGCAGACCUUCCCGAGGUGCGCCCCGUCCUGGGGUUGGGACGCCAACCGGGAAGCCGAGGGUGGUGGAGGCACAGGGCUGGGCUGAGACGUCCGACUCGCGGUGCCGUCUGUGUCAGCCUGCGGCCACGAGGCCUGUCUCACUGCCAAGUGAAAGCCCCGUUGGAGUGAUCUGGGGAGGAUGGGGAG